AUCUUUAGGGUUUUAGUUUUUUGAGGGUUUUUUGGUAACGAGAAGACGCGAUUUUUCGACUUCCGCCAUGAAAAGUCUGUCGUUUUCUCUACUCCGUCGCCUUCGCUUCCACAAAUUCCGACCAAUCCACCUGAAUCACAUUUCCGAUGCUGCUUCUUCAUCUUCUUCUUCUCUGGUCUCGCCAAUACGCGAAAUCUUCACUUGCUGCAGAACCUAUGUCCCGAUCGUCGACAAAAGCCAGUUCCGGGAGAACCCAUUUCGGAAUUUGAAUACCCACGUCGAGGAACCGACGGAGAUUUCGUCGAGUGAGAUGAUAGAUCAGGAAAAAAUCGAUCUUGAAGAAGCGUUCGAGUCGGCCAAGACAACUGAUGAAAUGGUUCGUUUGUUCAAGGAGAUGGAGUUAUCCUUCGAAGGGAACGAGCUAGGUUUAUCUGCUCUGAAGCUAGGUCUCCAUCUCGAUCGAGAAGGUGAGGAUCCUGAAAAGGUUCUCUCUUACGCUGAUAAAGCACUCAAAUCUUUCGAUGUAAUCGGAGACAAACCUACUCUGCUUGUCGCUAUGGCGUUGCAAUUGAUGGGUUCUGCUAAUUACGGCUUAAAACGGUUUAGCGAUAGCUUAGGUUACUUAAACAGAGCGAAUCGGAUCCUUGUUAAGUUAGAGGCAGAUGGUGAUUGUGUUGUGGAAGACGUUAGGCCGGUUUUACACGCCGUGCAGCUCGAGCUUGCUAAUGUUAAAAACGCCAUGGGAAGGCGAGAGGAAGCUAUUGAGAAUUUGAAGAAGAGUUUGGAGAUUAAAGAGAUGACUUUUGAGGAAGAUAGUAAAGAGAUGGGUGUGUCGAAUCGGAGUUUAGCGGAUGCUUAUGUUGCGGUUUUGAAUUUCGACGAGGCUUUGCCUUAUGCGUUGAAGGCUUUGGAGAUACAUAAGAAAGAAUUGGGGAGUAAUUCAGCUGAGGUUGCGCAAGAUAGAAGACUUCUUGGUGUGAUUUAUAGCGGUUUAGAGCAACAUGACAAGGCCUUGGAGCAGAACAGGUUGUCUCAGAGAGUGUUGAAGAAUUGGGGGAUGAAAGUUGAGCUGAUUCGUGCGGAGAUCGACGCUGCAAACAUGAAGGUUGCUUUAGGUAAGUACGAAGAAGCCAUCGAUGUAUUGAAGAGCGUUGUUCAGCAAACAGAUAAGGACAGCGAGAUGAGAGCUAUGGUGUUUAUAUCGAUGUCGAAAGCUUUGGUGAAUCAGCAGAAGUUUGCUGAUUCAAAGAAAUGUUUGGAGUUUGCUUGUGAGAUCCUCGAGAAGAAAGAAACAGUUUCUCCUGUUGAAGUCGCUGAAGCUUACUCUGAGGUUGCGAUGCAGUAUGAGUCGAUGAAUGAGUUUGAGAUUGCGAUUUCGUUGUUGCAGAAAACUCUGAGUAUACUUGAGAAGCUUCCUCAAGAACAGCACUCAGAAGGAAGUGUUUCAGCUAGGAUAGGUUGGUUGCUUCUCUUUUCGGGUAGAGUCUCUCAAGCUGUUCCGUAUUUAGAAAGUGCAGCUGAGAGGUUAAAGGAAAGUUUUGGUGCCAAACAUUUUGGAGUUGGAUAUGUUUACAACAAUCUCGGUGCUGCCUAUUUAGAACUUGGAAGACCACAAUCAGCUGCUCAAAUGUUUGCAGUUGCUAAAGAUAUCAUGGAUGUUUCACUUGGUCCAAACCAUGUGGACUCGAUUGAUGCUUGCCAGAAUCUCUCUAAAGCUUAUGCAGGAAUGGGGAAUUAUAGCCUCGCAGUGGAAUUUCAACAGAGAGUGAUCGAUGCUUGGGACAAUCAUGGAGAUAGUGCCAAAGACGAAAUGAAAGAAGCCAAAAGACUUCUUGAGGAACUGCGAUUAAAGGCUCGAGGAAGCGUUUCAACAAAUAAUCUUGUUACAAAAGCGUUACCUUUGCCUAAAACAAACCGUUCCUAGUCAGCUUUGUGAAAUCUCUCAUCACCAAGAAACAGUGAAAUUUAUUUAGCACGUUUUGCGUUUCUACAUAUUAUCAUCGUAUAUGUAGAAUGUCAUGUGUUUAGUAGCUACUUCGAUCACUAAAUUAUAAUCUUUUUAA